AAACAACAGAUUCUGAGGGAAGAACUCAACGCUUUGGACACAGACUUCACGUAUGAAAACCUAAAUCAAUGCCAGUAUUUGAAUGCAGUCAUCGAUGAGACCCUUAGACUUGCGCCCCCUUUAGGUACUAUUCAAAGAGAAUGCGUUCGCGAUUAUAAAUUGGGAAAUACCGGUAUAACAAUUCCGGCAGGCACAUUUGUAGAAUUUCAGCCCUAUGUUAUACAUAGGGACCCCGAUCUUUUUCCCGACCCUGAUCAAUUCAAACCCGAAAGGUUUCUGAAACCUACACACCAUCCGUACGCAUACCUGCCCUUCGGGUGCGGCCCUCGACAAUGCAUUGGUAUGAGGUUUGCCUUAAAUGAGAUGCGAAUGUGUAUCGCAAAGAUUGUACACCGAUUUGAGUUCACACCCGCGCCUGGAUUUGAAGUGAGUGGUCAUAACUUUGAU